AUGGUCAAUAGUGUGGGCCUCUUCUAUCAACUUAGACCAGUCUACCUAAGAGGGGCCAUGGGCUUAACCAAACCAAAAUACAACAUCAGCAAUGGAAUUAGACAAGUGGAGCCGUACUUUGAAAAUAUCUCGACUACAGUUAAGUCUAGAUGGCUCAAUCGGACAGUGCUUGAUAUUUUAGCAACAGAGUUUAGAAGCUUCGACGCUUCUGAAUACAGAAGGAGGAUGCGAAACAAUGAAAUCACAGUUAUCCAUCGUCUAAAGCUGACAAAGAAAGAGCGUAAAUCACGUCGAGAGAGUGGGAUACUGGACGACACUGUUCGGAUUGGGUUUCCAGAAAUUAUGAACUACCAACUGAAAGACAACGAUAUAAUCGAAAGGAUAGAGCAUAUUCAUGAAAGAUCUGUUAUAGAUAUCAGGCUCGAAGAUAUAGAAGUUAUACAUGAAGAUAAUGAGCUCCUAGUGGUUAACAAACCUAGUGGCAUCCCUAUUCAUCCUGUUCAAAACUAUUUCUAUAACUCAUUUGUGAGAAUUCUGGAAAUAGAGGGUUGGCCAGGAAAAGCAUCUGACAAUGUUAUACUGAGGCCGUGUCACCGAUUGGAUAAGCUUACCAGUGGUGUUUGUAUUUUUGCAAAAUCAGCUAAAUCAGCCAGGCAAAUACAAAUGCAAAUACAGGACAGAAAUGUUGAAAAAGUUUAUCUGGCGAGAGUAUGUGGGAGGUUUCCUGAAGAUGAGGAAGGUAUUGAAUGUCUAGACGAUGUGGUUGUAGUGGAUACUAAAAAGGGGAUGAAGGAUGGGAUCAUGAGGAAAUCAGCAAAAACUUUAUUUAAAUUUGUCAAAUACAACAAAGAGCUGAAUCAAAGUAUUGUAAUGUGUUUCCCCAAAACUGGACGCACUCAUCAGAUUAGGAUUCAUCUACGAAAUCUAAAACACCCAAUAGUUAAUGAUCCUUUAUAUGGCCCUAAUGGACUAAUGAAACUCGAACAUGGGUUUGACCCCAACAAGGUGUCUGAGGAGUAUUUCAAUAAAAUUAAGUCGAUCGCAGAUACAAAUAGGCAAUCUUCUGAAACUGAUGUCAGGUGUGAUACGUGUGAUUCCAAAUUAUACACACCCUUGGUGAAAGAGAACAUGGUAAUGUACUUACAUGCGUUUAAGUACAGGUUAGGUGAAGUUGAUGGAUGGGUCUACCAAACCAGCUGGCCGAAAUGGUCUGAAAUAUAA